GUUUGUGUGAGAGCUGUGUUUCAGUCGACAACAACUCAUUGAUUGCAGUCAUUGUAUUCACUUCUCAUUGCGUUCAACACUAACUCUGCAAACAAUUUGUUAUUUACUUUCAAAUCACUUUCAAAUCACUUCCCUAUUCACCGGAGUCUUCGUAUACGAUGAGAUUGAAGAGACAACUAGUCUUAGUGUUGAUCAUAACGGUGGUCACCAUCGGAUCAGUUGUGAGCCAAACCAUUAGCUCUCUGGAAGUGAAUCCAUUGGAAGAUAAGGAAAGUUGUUAUCAAUUGUGUAGUAAAACCUAUUCAUUACAUACUUAUCCCAAAUCUCAACACCUGAAUGCCUGUCAAAGGGGAUGUCGUCUCUCAAUACUAACGCAUAUAAAUCUGGUUAAAGACAAUGCCAUCACAUUUGAUCCACAACUGGUCGCAAACAAAUGUAUUAAUGGUAAGCAUAUGACU